CAUCCAUCCCAAGUCGCCGGCAAUGGCCUCAUCCAAAGUACGCUGCCCUCAAUCCUCGGAGGGAACCCGACCCGAGCCCUGCCUCAAACCCCGAUCUUGCCCUGUCAUGAUCUUUCCGUGCACGACCUGCCAGAUGGCAAAACAACCUUCCAAGGCCCAGAUUUGCUGAUCUCCUUCAUCCUUUUCAGGAAAUGCAGCAGUCCUCGAGGCCAUUGACUCAGAAUCGUUCUCCGAUGUCGUCUACAUCGUCGGCCCUGCCCGGCCGUCAAUCCCACGCUCGGACGAGCUCGCACUCGCUGCUUACCGGUGCUCUCAACGCCAACCAUCGAGUGACUCGACGCAAGUCCGUCACCAACCCGAAUACCAAUGUGACCGCGAUCGCCGCCGCUCUUCGGGAAAGUGAGCGUUCCUCCGCCUUGCCCAUCAGCAACGGUGGACGCCGGAUGUCCAAGAGCGCUGCUGCCCGGGCUGCCCUCGUCGGCAGCCUUCCCUCUCCGCCCGCUAGCCUCCCGAACCACAAGUCGACGCCCGAGACGAAGCAAGAACUCAAUGGUAGCGCCAUUGAGGACGAUGUGAACGAGGGCUCGGCUGAUGAGGGAACUACCAAGUUCCAGAAGGCUCGUCAACGCCGUGCCAGUGAUGGCCAGACUCUCAAGGAGAGCAAGAAGAGCAGCAACAGGGUUGAGGUUCGCUGUGACAAGUGCGGUAAAGGCUACAAGCAUAGCAGCUGCUUGACUAAGCACUUGUGGGAACAUACACCUGAGUGGGCUUUGACCUCAAAGCUGCUCAUUUCCAAGCAUCAGCAGGUUCAGCUUCUCGAGGCUGCUUCUGUUCUGGUAACCAUGAACGGCGUUGAAAACAGCGCCGACACUCCUCCUGAGUCUACCAAGGACUUCCAGAGUGAAGCUGGCUCAUCCUCGCCUGCUGCGUCCGGAUACUCCGAUCCCGCUGAGCGACAGAGCUCUGCCGACACUACCCCACCUCCGUAUGCCGAAGGUGUCAAUGUUGACGGCACUUCGUACCGAAACAAGCGCUUCAGCAGCAAUGGCGGAUACGCGACAAGCUUUCAGUCUGCUUCGGCUGCUUCCUUCGGAGCAGGAAGUGCACCGUACGGAUCAGGAUUUGGUCACUACCGCCAGCCAAGCAAUGAUCACCGCCCAGGAUCUUCCGGGCGUAACGCUACAGGCGAGGACGAUCGGGACUUGGCUGCUGCAGUUGAGCUUCUGAGCUGUAGUUUUGGUAGCAACAACGGAUCCCGACCUGCCAUGGUUCCUGCUGAUGCCCCUCCUGUUCCUCCGCUGCCAGCUCAAUACCUGGAUCAGGCGGCAUCUCUGUCAGCAAGCUUCAUCAACAGCUUUCCAAGUCGACAGCCUGAGAGCUUCACUCGUGGUGAGAUGAGACGCCCUAGCGACGACGUCAGAAUGGACGGUAGCGGUGAUUCGGUCAUGGAUGACGACGACUUCGAGAUGCGUUCGCGCGGUCGUAGUGAAGAUGAUGACGAUGGUGUCUUUGGUCGCAUGGAGGAGUGAAAGAUUUUGUAUGCAUCAUUAAUGGGUUAACGAAUGGGACGGAGUAUAUCUCUUGGGUCGGGCAUGUUGGCUCUGGAGUUGGAUUAUAUAUCGGAUGACGUCGAUGGACAUACACGUUAUUCCUUCUUAUUUAUAUGUACACAUACCUAUACAGCGUGUUGAGGUGGACCAAGCUCCGCCACGGAUCUUUAGCACCGAUGAGUUGGAAAGGCCCUUCUUUGCUUCGCCCAGGUUAUUUGGGGAUUGAGGAGCUAGAUGAGAUUGCAUCGCCACGAGGUUAAAG